GUGAAAAUUAUUUUUCUCUUUCUGUACCACAAAGAUAUAGAAUCAAAGUGAUUGUUUUUCAUAUUGGUUUUUCUUUCUUUUUUCCCUUCUCUCUCUUCUUGUGGAUAUGAUGGCUAAUAACACAACAAAUUUAGGAAGUCCAUGGCCAGAAAACUUUUGGGAGGACCUUAUAAUAUCCUUCACUGUGUCCAUGGCAAUUGGGCUAGUCAUUGGAGGACUGAUUUGGGCUCUCUUGGUUUGUUUGUCUCGAAGAAGGGCCAGCGCCCCCAUCUCCCAGUGGAGCUCCAACCGCCGGCUGAGGUCCUCCUACAUCAACAGAACUGGAUUUUACCGUCACAGUGGCUGUGAACGGCGGAGCAACCUCAGCUUGGCCAGUCUCACGUUCCAGAGACAAGCUUCCAUGGACCAAACCAACUCCUUCCCACGAAAAUCCAGCUUCAGGGCUUCGACGUUCCACCCGUUUCUGCAAAGUCCACCCCUUCCCGUGGAAUCUGACAGUCAGUUGAUGGCUCUCUCUAGUUCCGGCAUCUCCCCGACCAUGCACAGUGCCCACAGCCUGAGCCGCCCUGAUUUCCACUGGUCCAGCAACAACCUGCGACUGGGCCUUUCAACCCCGCCCCCGCCUGCCUAUGAGUCCAUCAUAAAAGCCUUCCCAGACUCCUGAGUUAGGGAGCUUGUCCUAUAUUUUGUUACUUUUUAUUUUUUUGUCUUUUUAAAGGGAAAUCAUAAAUAUGGUAAAAAGAAAUCAUUUUGAUGACAUAGUCCAAAUAAAAUGAAUAGUCAAGCUAAAACAGUACCGAGUAUUACCAGAUAAACUAUUAUGGAUAGGUUUUUCCCUUAUGUCUCACUUUAACAAAUGCAAUCAUUUUCCAUUUCUGUGUAGUUAUAUAUUGUUGUCUUUUGUACUCAUUGUGAGAUUUGAGAAAGAUUACGAUUCUAAUCUAAGAAUCAACUGUGAUGACCUCUUCUAUGUACUAAACUAUUUAGAUAUUUUGUCGUUUACAAAUCUCACUUUUCAAAGUGAAUAAAUAUAUAAUGAGGUAAAAUCAGUAUUUUCCUUAAGAAACAUACUGCUCUCUUAAUGAUUUUUACUUUGCUUAGAGUGACAAGAAACCAGUUAAGACUAUGAGACUUCUUGGGGCCUUAGAGACUGUACAAGUGGUAGGGCAUUUGCCAUACAUGCUGCAAAGCCAGGUUUGUUUCUUGGCAUCCCAUAGGGUUCCCUAGCUCACCGGGAGUGGUUCCUGAAUGCAGAGCCAGGAAUAACUUCUGAGCACCACACUGUGUUGGAGCCCAAACAGAAACAAAACAAAACGCAAAAAGAAUCUUGCACUUGUAGGGCAGGGAGAUAAGCCCAGUGGCAGAACAAAGACUUAGUGUCCGUAAGGCCCUGGGACUUUCCCUUCAGUCCCUCACUCCACACCCCCAACCCCAUCACAAGCCCCUCCUGUCACAUGCUGCGGCCCUGGUGGCCCCCAAGUGCCAGACACCGGUAUGACUUUGGUGGCCCACAGCUUGCGUCAGGCUGUGUUCUGCUAGACAUGGACCUUAAAACUGUGUGACUUCUAAUGAACUCUUAGGACAAAGGAGACGCUGAAGUUGCUCAACUUCCCUCAUUUAGAAGAGAAUCAAAGGAAACUGACCUUGGUGGUGUUGGAGACCAUUUCCACUUUGACAGUUUUUGCCAGACUUCUCUUGUACUUUUGCCAAGAUGACUAUCCAUAUCUUGGAGGCAAAUGUUUUAGGUUUACUAACAUGAUUUAACUUUACUUCACUGCUUUUGUUGGGUUGUUCGAGAAUCAGCAAGAGCAAAUACAAUUCUUGUGUCCCACAGUCAACCUUAGCAUUUUGAGUUUUCGUUAUUAUUCCUAACGGAUUUUUUUCUUUAUAAAUCUAGCAACUGUAAAAGCACUUUAGGGAUCUUCUUCGGUAACUUCAGAGAUAAGUGAGCCUCCCUGAGUAAGAAAGUGUAUUCUUGAAAACAGAUGCCACGUAUUUGCGAAGAAAUCUUUCUAUAUUGACUUCUCAGAGAGCAUCUGUUGUUUGUUCUGGAUUUCAAACUCAGAUUCUCUGAAGAGUCCUUGGAAAUGAUUAAGCCAAUGAUGCAAUCUCGUUUUUGGUGCCAUGCUGGAAGUAUUCCACUGCCAUAGGUGGGCGCCCUGUUAAAAGAAGUUCCCUCUCCCCAGAUGGAUACCAGCAAUAUUUUCCAACCUUGUUUGCUAUUUUAUUUUUGAACAGCAAAUCACCAAAGUCUUCUUCAAAAGGCCUGUAGAUGGGACUGGAGCAAUAACACAGCGGGUAGGGUGUUUGCCUUGCACACGGCCGACCCAGAUUCAAUCCCCUGAAUCCCCUGUGGUUCCCCAAGCACUGCCAGGAGUGAGUCCUGAGUGCAGAGCCUAAAGUAAUUCCUGAGCAUUGAUGGGUGUGACCCCUCCAAAAAAAGGCCUGUAGAUGAAUUGUAUUGGCGCCAAGGUUUAGAUUAUGUUGCUAUUUGCUUGUUUCUCUGAACUUUUCAGUGAAGAAAAAUGUAUUUUUAGUUCCUGCAAUGCAGUGGUCACAGCAAAUAGUGUCUAUGGCUCAAGAAUGUAGUAUUUUGAUAUAAUAAGAGAUUCCAUAUAACAUUGUCUGUAUUGUUUUCAUUUAGCUUAUAUUAUUCAUUAUUCCUCAGGACAUUUAUUUUUAAUGUUGUUUGAUGAAAUAUAUCUGAAAGGAAGGAGAAAAAAAGUAAAGAUAUGCGGAAAAGAAUAAAAAUAUGCUCAAAGGAUGGAUGAUUUAUUAAAACUAGAUUUGGUGCUGAUGGGGAAGGGUAUUUCUGGACCACAUCCGUCUCUUGGCUUCACACUUCAGAGAUCACUCCUAUUGUGUUCAAAAGACCAUAUGGGGUACAAGGGCCUGGCUGAGCAGGGUGCAAAGCAAGAGCCCUUCCCAUUGGACUAUGUCUUUGGCCGUGUAACUUUAUUUUUAAUAAAGAAAUUUACCAGGGCUGGAGUGAUAUGACAGCAAAAAGGGUGCUUGCCUUUCACACAGGGACCCAAGUUCAAUACCCAGCAUCUCAUAUGACCCCCUAAGCUAUCCAGGAGUGAUCUCAGAACACAGAGCCUGUAGCAAGCCCUGAGUACCACCGGGUGUGGCCCCCAAAACAAAAAAUAAAUUUACCAAUUUUCAUAUAGCCAACUAGGAUUUUUUAAGAGAGAGUUAGGGAAAGCCUGAGAUAUGAUCUCAAACAGAGACAGAAAAGAUUUUAUUAAUAAUAACAGUAAUAACAAAGCUGAUAUUUUAGUGCUGAAAAAUGGAUGACUUAUUUCUAGGGAUUUAAGGGACUUCAGAUUCCUUUCAGAAACUUUAAAUUAGCAGCUUACAUUUGGAAAUUUUUCUUACACAUCAAAAUAUAAAAUCAAGGCAAAGGAGAAUAUUUUAUUUUUUCUUUGAAUUGAAUUUAGUUUUAGGCACUGUGAUUUACAAGACUGUUAAUAAUAUAAUUUUAUACUAGGUUUUGUUUUAGGUAAAUAUUCUAGCACCACAUCCUCCACUAGAGUGUCAGCUUCCCUCCACCACUGACAAGGCUAUAUAUUUUUUUUUUUGCUUGCAUGUCAUCCUGGAUAUUUAACAUGAGAAAUAAGCAAAGUGCAUGGUUUUCAUCUAGAAUUUAUAGCAGGGGUAAAAGCUGCUUUAUAUCUCUCAAAUUAAGAAAAUGAGAACAGAAAUUCUCUGGUGUAUUUAACCAUCUAGCAGAAUUAUGUUUCCUUCCCAUCAUUAUGGAACACUCAAAAUGAGUAUAUUGUAAAUAUUGUGCAAGGCAUAAAAUAGUAAAUUAAAGUAAAAGGUGAACAAUA